AUGGAGCGACUACUAAAUUCUCCUGGAAGGAGAAAGGACUUCGAUCAUCGGUAUCAGACGACACGUCCUUCAUUGCAACAGUUCUCCAAGACCAGCGUUAGCUUCAUGCACGCUACGCCACUAAAGAGAGGCAAUGGAUCCUACAGCGGAGAAUUCGGAUCAGAAUGGAAAAAAGUCGAUGUCUUAGAUUUAACAAGCCAGUUUGCUGUGGGAUUGCCAUUGAGGAAAAUGAAUGAGAAAGAAUUGCUUCAAGGGCUUAAUGACCGUUUUGCAGGAUUUAUCGAGAAAGUCCAUCACUUAGAAAACCAAAAUAAAAUGUUAGAGAAAGAAAUUGAGGACAUUAGACAGAAGACGAAAUCAUCUUCAUCUCUGUCCCAGGAAUACGAACCAGAGCUGAACGAUUUGAGGACACAAAUUCACGAGAUGUCCCUGCAAAAACAUCAAAUCGAAAUAGAUAUUCAGAAUCUAGAGGACGAGUUCAAUGCUUUGAGAGAGAAAUACGAACAAGAGGUGAGCGGCAGGUCAGAGGCAGAAGGCCACAUUGUGGUGCUGAAAAAAUAUAUCAAUGACGCAUAUCUAGCUAAACAAGAAAUGGACAGAAAAACAAAAUCUCUGGCUGACGAAAUCAAGUUCCUAAAGAAAAACCACGAGGUUGAAGUGGCGGAGAUAAUUGCUCAGAUCCAGGAGUCUCAGGUAACAGCACAAAAGAGUGAUUUUGGUCGAGGAGAUAUUACCGCAGCGCUGAGAGACAUCCGGACCCAGCUUGAAGGUCACUGCCUGUCUGACACCCAAUACGCAGAGGAGCACUUUCAUGCCCAAGUCGCCAAACUCACGAAAGCUGCUGAGGUCAACAGAGAGGUGCUCAUGGCCACCAAAGCGGAAAUCUGCGAGCAUCGGCGGCAGCUGCAGUCUAGGAGUAUUGAGCUCGAGUCCGUGAAAGGCGCGAGAGAAGCACUGGAAAGGCAACUGCACGACCUGGAGCAACGUCACAUCGCAGAGGUCCAUCAUUAUCAGGAUGCUAUCAGAGAGUUAGAACAAGAACUCAGAAAUACUAAAUAUGACAUGGGUGGCCAUUUGCGGGAAUACCAGGAUCUUCUAAAUGUGAAAAUUGCCCUGGAUGCUGAAAUUUACUCAUACAGAAAACUUCUGGAGGGUGAAGAAUCAAGGUUUUCUACCAUUCCUGAAAGUCCAGCCCCAGCGUCAUACAUUUACAGACAGUCCCCUAUCUAUACCCUCCCAUGUGUCAACAGACAGGGUGGAGCAGCUCGUAAAACAGAACCCCAGUAUAAGUUUGUUGAGGAGAUCAUUACUGAGACCACUCGGGAAGAUGUGGAGAUAUCUGACACAGGUUCAGAUGAGACUGCUGUAGGGGGAGAGCAACUCGAGACUGAAAAGAAGGGCAGUGAAGAGGAGGAGGAGAAAGAUGAGACAGAUAAGACAGCAGAGGUUGCUGAGAAGAAAGAUGAUAUCCAAACAUCAGAGGAACCACAGACCAAAAGGCCAAAAUCCCCAGAAAAGGUAGAUCGUAAAGAACAGAGCAGUGAGAAAGAACAUGAAAGCCUUAAACAAGAACCUGCUGACAAAACUGAUGCACUUAAAGAAGAAGAUUCUGGAACACAGAAAAAACAAAUCCAGAUAACCUCAGAAGAUCUCCCCACUGUGACAUCACAGCCUGGACCCCUAAGCAAGGACAACCUCUCCACUGAAACUGUGGAGAAAGAAGCGAGUCCAAUAAAAAAGAGUGAAACAGAGAAAGAGAAAAAGCCCUCAGCAGUGGAGGAGAGGGUCGAACAAAAAUUGGUGACUGAAUCCAGAGAUAAUGCCACACAGGGUGCCGGUGCAAAAGUGAAAUCAACAGAGAAAGACAAGUCAGAGCCAAGCGGAAAGGGUGAGAAGAAAAAAACAGAGGAUAAAGUGACUACUUCUGGACCAGAAACCAAACUCGCAGAAAAGUCUAAAGAUUCUCCAACUGCAGGAACUGCUGAUAAAGAAAAGAAAUAUGCAGAAGUGGACACUCCUACUGCAAAACCCAAAACAGAACACCAGACUCCUGUGGGAGAUACUCAGAGAGAGGAUGGCAGCGCAAAACCACAGGAAAGCAGCAUUGCAGAGAGUACAAAGCCGGAUCAGAAAACAGCAGUCGACACCAAGGGACAGAAGACUGUAGAUGCCUCGACCGUAGAAGCAAUUAAAGAGCCCAAAGAAUCCUCAAAGCUUGAUUCACUGGAUACCUCAAAAGCAGACAGGGAAAAGGCUAGCAAGGAAGACAGUGUAGAGAAAGGCAGAGGGGAAACUAUGACAUCUAAGGAGGCUGAGAGCCCAACAGAGAAAAUGCUGCAAGAGGAAUCAUCAAAAGGUGCAGAGAAGGAAGCUAAAUUUGAGACGGUAGAGAAAACAGUGUCCAAAGCACCAGAAAAGACAGAGAAAUCUAAAGAGGAGGCACCAAAAGCGGACAUAUCAAAAACUACAAGUCCAGAGCAAGGAAGGGCAACUUCUAAAGACAAGAGAGAUGAGCAGAAUGGUGAGUCUGUCUCAAAGCCAUCAGAAGAGAGAAAGUCAAGUAUGGAGUCAAAAGAGACAGGAAGCACAGGGAAGGAUCAGAAAGAUGGGGAGAGCAAGAGAGAAAAGGAAGAACAGAGCGUGGUUGAAAAUGGACUUGCACCAAAGGAGGAACAAGAUGCUAACAAAAUCAAGGGUUCCCAGGAAAAGCAGCCUGACUCAGUUUCUAAGAAGUCAGCCGAGGCCAAAGGUGCCAUUUAA